GCAACACCCGACGACGCCUUCGCGAGCAAGGUGGCAAGUCCCGCGCGACCUCGUCGUUGUCAUUCGAACUCACGGCAUGCGGGAGCGGCGAUGGCGGCAGGCCCCUCGCCUAUUCUGACGUCGCGCGCAAGUCGCCCCGAUCUCAGCUCACGCCUUACGACGCGGGAACAGUCGCCCGUCACUGACUCGCGCUCGCCCAGUCUCUCGCAGACCCCCGCACGGCGAAUGGAGGACGCGCGACUUGGUGCGGACUCACCAAAAUGCGCCCCCACCUCCCCCUCUCACGCCGACUGCCCUCGCCGCACCUCCGGACUCGUCUCACCGUGCACGCGCGCAACUGCUCUCGCAAGCGACUCCAUUCCCGCGAUGUCGAGAAGACGGCGAACGCGUAAUUUUGGCGGUGAGAAGGCGCUUUCGCGCGCAUCCCCCCGCCCGCACAACGCCUCCUAGCGACAUCGACGACGUCCCCGCC